AACACAGAGACGACCAUGGCGGCCCGGGGAAGCUCCACACAGCGCUCCUUCUGCUUCUUCUUUUUCUUCUUCUAAGUGGUGGAUUACUUUUUUGGGCUCUUUUUGAUUUUAAACCUCUAGCCGCGGUGUGGAGCGACUGGACGCUACUCCCCACUCCCGACAUGAGUGAGAGGAGGCGUUCGGCCGCCGCUCUGAGCUCGCGAGCCCACGCGUUCUCCGUGGAAGCCCUCAUCGGCUCCGGCAAGAAGAGGAAGCUCCGGGCCGCCGCCGCUGCCGCCGCCGCCGCCGCCGCCGCUGCUGCUGCCACCGGCGGUGGCUGGGACCACCAAAAAGACGACGACGACCUCCACUUGGCCGCCGUGGUGGACACCGACGACCCGGCGCACUGCCUCCACAUGGAUCCGGACUCAGAGGCGAGUCCCGGCUCCGACUGCUCCGACCUGGCGGAGCGGACGUCGUGCUCGUUCGGCUCGCCUGCCUGCGAGCUGCCGGCUGUUGCGUCGGUGGGGGCGGGCGGCCCCUGCGAGGCCUCCUCGGCCUCGGCCUCGGCCUCGGCCUCCGCCUGCUCGUCCAUGGAGGAGAUCCACGUGGAGCUGCAGUGCGCGGACCUAUGGAAGCGAUUCCACGACAUCGGAACCGAGAUGAUCAUCACCAAGGCCGGCAGGAGGAUGUUUCCCGCGAUGCGAGUCAAGAUCGCAGGCCUGGACCCUCACCAGCAGUACUACAUUGCCAUGGACAUCGUGCCCGUGGACAACAAGAGAUAUCGGUACGUGUACCACAGCUCCAAGUGGAUGGUGGCGGGCAACGCUGAUUCACCGGUGCCCCCGCGGGUCUACAUCCACCCGGACUCCCUGGCGUCGGGCGACACGUGGAUGCGGCAGGUGGUCAGCUUCGACAAGCUCAAGCUCACCAACAACGAGCUGGACGACCAAGGACAUAUCAUCCUUCACUCCAUGCACAAGUACCAGCCUCGUGUUCAUGUCAUCCGCAAGGACUUCAGCAGCGAGCUGUCGCCCAACAAGCAGGUUCCUGGUGGCGAGGGCGUCAAGACCUUCAGCUUUCCCGAGACAGUCUUCACCACCGUCACCGCCUACCAGAACCAGCAGAUCACCAGACUAAAGAUUGACCGGAACCCCUUUGCUAAAGGUUUUCGGGACUCUGGCAGAAACAGGACAGGCCUUGAGGCCAUCAUGGAGACGUACGCUUUCUGGAGACCUCCAGUGAGGACGCUCACCUUUGAAGACUUCACCAACAUGCAGAAGCAGCAGGGCGGCAGCACAGGCACGUCUCCGACCACCUCCAGCACGGGGACGCCCUCCCCCUCCGGGGCCGCCCACCUCCUGUCCCCUUCCUGCUCGCCACCCGCCUUCCAUCUGGCGCCCAACACCUUCAAUGUGGGCUGCAGGGAGAGCCAGCUGUGCAACCUGGGACUGUCCGAGUACCCGGCGUGCGCCCGCAGCAACAUGGCGGCGCUACAGGGCUACGGCGGCCUGACCGAUGGCUCCUACGGACGCCUCCAGGCGGCGGGCAGCGGCGUGGCCUCCACGCAGCCCGCCGAGUCCUUCCUGCCACAGAGGACUUCCUCCUUGAUCGGCAUGCAAGGCAGCGGUUCUGCAGGCGCCCCCGGCGGCACCGGCGGCAAAAUGGAUGCCUACGGAGGCCAGCUGAGCUCCUUCCCCGCUUCACAAUUGCAGUACGUGAUGCAGGCGGGCGCCGGCGGGUCCGGGGGCACCUCGGCCACCGCCCCCUCCGGUUCCUCCCCGUCCUCAGCUCACAUGUUCAGCGGGGGCCACCACCACGUGCAGCAGGGCUCCUACAACGCCUUCUCCCUGCACAACCCCUACAAUUUGUACGGAUACAACUUCCCCGCCUCGCCCCGCUUGGCCACCAGCCCCGAGAAGCCCCAGGGGGGGCUGCUGUGCUCAUCCGCCCCGGCCGGCGCCUUUGCCGAGCGCCAGUACCUGUCCAACGGCAACAUGGACACAAUGCACAUGAUUGGCAACAGCGCCGGCGGCCAGCAGCAGGGCGCCGCUCCCUGCGAUGGACGUCAGUACGGCACCCCCUCCCAGAUGUCCAUGCACAUGGUGUAGAGAAAAGAGGGCGGCGCAGCGAUAUUCUGACGCAAAUUCGGAACAUGUGAAUUUUUUUUUUCCAGCUGUUAGCCUUUUAAAAAAGGAUCGUAGCUUGUGAAUACGCCCUUCUCUUCUUAAAAAGGUCUUCGAGGGGGCAUCCUUACUAUUAUUUAAUUUUAUUUUCGGGAUGAAAGGAGCAGCAGGGAUGACAGGAGUGGUGGUGACGGCGGCUGCAUUAUAGGCGGUGUUAGGUUUGAUGGCUGAAGUGGUAUGGGUGGUGGCGGCACGGGCAGCAUUGUUGAUGGCAGGGGAACGGCUGCAAUACCUAUAGGGGUGACCCAGUGCUGGAAGGGAUGUCAGGGGCAAUGGCAAGGGGCUCAAUGCAGUCAGAUUUGUUAGGGUUCAAUAUUUACGCUGCCCUUUCUUAUGCCCUGUUUCCGCAAAAAACAACCGCCCAAGUGUAGGGAGAAUCGGGACAUUUUGGACGGGAUCUGGGGACGCGCCUUGUUGGACAAGUUGCCCCCUCACUCGUCCUACCAGGAAUAUCAACCCCAAAGCAAAAUCCCUUGACAGACUGAAACCUGGUGUCACCAUUUUGGAGUGGAUUAUGUAUUUUAGCAUAUAAAUAAAUAACUUUAUAUAUAUAUCUAUAUAUAUAUCUAUAUAUAUCUAUAUAUAUAUAUAUAUAUAUAUAUAUAUAUAUAUAUAUCAAUAAGCUUAAACGUGUGAAGUUAUCAGCAAUAGCAAAGCAAAGUUGCUCAAGUGUGUGUUUUGUGGUAUUUAAAUGCUGCAGUACCAUCGUUGUUAUACAAAUGUGUGGCAUAGUAAAA